AUGAAUAACCUCUCUAACCAAACGGUUAGUAAUCAACCUUUAAGACUCCAAAAUACGGCAAUUCAUGUAAAUUCUUCUGUCAGUACUCCUAAUCAGGAAUAUGCGAAUUUUUUAAUAGAAGGCACAAGUCUGUUUAUCGGAGCGCAAAAUGAAAGUGAUCAGACAGUUCCAACCAAACAAGAUGAAUUCUCG